AUGUCUUCAAAUGAUAGAAAAGCUUUGCCCAAAGUUAGACCAUCCCGCUGGGGACACCCAUUAGUAUUCGUUGCUGCUGCAAUCGGUCUUGCUGGUUCAAGCGCUGUAUUUUAUGCCCAAAUUCGUGCUCGACAGAAAGCUCGAAACCUCUUUCUUCAAGCGGCAUUUUAUCAAGAAGCACUUCAAUUAACACAUGGUUAUAAACCAAUCACAGAUAGAUUAGUCGAACCUAUCGAACCGCUUCAAAUUGAUACGACAAUUCUCAAUGGACAAUUUUGUUCGUAUAAACAACAGAAGAGUAAAACUCAAAUCUUUUGCUCCAAUGAAUACAGUUUAACUGGCUUGUGCGAUCGUCGUUCAUGUCCAUUAGCCAAUUCUCAAUACGCAACUGUUCGUGAAGAAAAAGGCAUUCUAUAUCUCUACAUGAAAGUUGUCGAACGUUCCCAUUAUCCAAAAAAACAAUGGGAAAAAGUGAAGUUGCAUGAAAACUAUCUUCGUGCAUUGAAACAAAUCAAUGAACACUUGAUCUAUUGGCCACGAUUCGUUCGUCACAAAUGCAAGCAACGUUUAACAAAAUUGACUCAAUACGUUAUUCGAACUCGUCGUUUAAUGUUGAAGAAAACAGCUAAACAAGAACUGGUACCAAUCAAGAAGAAAGCCGAACGAAGAGAACAACGUCACGAAGACAAAGCAUUUGUCGCCGCGAAUAUCGAUCGUGCUAUUGAAAACGAAUUGUUAGAACGAUUGAAAAAAGGAACGUAUGGUGAUACAUACUCAUUUCCAAUGAAUACGAUUUCGAUGGAAGAAGAUGAAGAGGAAGAAACGGAAAGUGAAGAUGAGGAAGAAAAAGAAAAAGAAGACGACGAUGAUGAAGAAGAUGAAAAUGAAGAAGUCGAAUACGUGGAAGAUUUCGAAGAAAGUGAUGCAGAAGAUAUUGAAGAUAUGGGUGAUUUCGAUGAGGACGAAAUCGAAGAAGAACUUGUGAAAGCACUUCCUUCAUCGAAGAAACGCAAAUUGGAACUUGAAUAUGAACCAGUCGAAAUACCAAUUCGUGGCGCUGAACGGACGGGAAUCAUUUACUGUUAUGCAACAAGAGACUCAGUUGAUGAUGAGUGGCACGUAGACAAACUCGAAUUCAAAGGCAAUAAUCAAUCUGAACGUUAUAUGUUCUACGAUCGUGAAUUACGACGAAAUCUUGCGGCGCCAACCACGAAAUAA